UUCCCUCUGUUGCAAAGAAGAAGAUAAGCUUCGGCUAAACACCGAAGCAAAACACUCACUGAGAGCUUCAAUGGCGGAAGCCCUACUUUAUUCUCCGGCAUAUUCACUGACCCUUCUCUCUUCUCCUUCUUCUUCUGGUUCUUCUUCGCGUCAUGUUCUUCCAUUUGUCUUCAGCUUCUCUUCUUCAUCUACGAAUUAUUCUGUAAUCAAAUCGACCCAUUUUGCAAAACGCCGAUUUGGCCCAACUUCGACUGUCUCCUCGGGACGACGUCUUAUCUGCAGAGCCGCUGAGUACAAAUUUCCCGACCCCAUACCCGAAUUCGCUGAAGCGGAGACUGAGAAGUUUAGAGCUCACAUGAAUAAGAAGCUAUCCAAGAAGGAUGAUCUCUUCGGAGAUUCUGUUGAAGAAGUUGUCGGAAUCUGCACUGAGAUUCUCGGGACAUUCUUGCACAACGAGUAUGGAGGACCCGGAACACUGUUGGUCAUACCUUUCAUCGACAUGGCCGACACUCUCAACGAAAGGGGAUUACCCGGAGGGCCACAAGCUGCUCGAGCGGCCGUGAAGUGGGCUCAAGAUCACGUCGACAAAGACUGGAAGGAAUGGACUGGCACCGAUUAGGGUAACGUCCUCAGUUAGGGUUAGAUAAACAACUCUGUCCAGCGGCUACGGCAUCACAGUUUUGAGGAUAUCACUAGCUGUUGAACUUAUUCCACAGAAUAUAAAACCAGUGGUAAGAGUUUUGGAUUUUGUGUUAAUGAAAGAGACUUGAGAUUGUUGAGAUCUGCAAAGAGCCUUUAUGGGUUUGAAUAUGUAUUCUGAUCGAUAUUAAAUCAAACAAAGACGUCGCCUUUGGAUC